GACCGAAACCAAUAAAUGCAAAUCAAAAACCUUAUCUUUCUUACUACUCCAAAAAUAUCAUCAAAACAUAUUUCAAACCCUCCAUUCCUUGUCAAUUUGUCUCACAGAAUAAAAAUGUCAGCUUUCUCCGUGGCAGCUUCAACUAUAACUUCCUCUCCAUUACACACAAAGCUCUCAAAACUCUCCUUCACUCACUCACAGCUUCUAAUCCCAUCCUACUUCUUAUCAAAACCCUUCCUUAAACCUCUAAAACCCCUCAAACUCAACAGCCAAAACUCCAAUUCCCUCCCUCAUUCCCAUGGCACUUUUGCUGCCACUUUUGACAAUUUUGAAGUUGAAACAGAUGAAAACAUCGCAGCUCAAGAUGACCCACAAAGUGAAACAGACGAAUUUGACCAGGAAAUUGUAGAAGAAGAAGAAGAAGAAGAAGAUGUGGUGGCGAUCAAAGCAAGAGAAGAAGGGAAGCUUUAUGUGGGCAAUUUACCAUAUUCUAUGACCUCUUCGGAAUUGGCUGAGGUUUUUGAGGAAGCUGGUCGUGUUUUUGGUGCUGAGGUUAUUUGUGAUCGAGUUACGGAUAGGAGCAGGGGCUUUGGGUUUGUUACAAUGGAAAGUGUUGAAGAAGCUAAAGAAGCUAUUCGGAUGUUCAAUGGAUCACAAGUUGGAGGUCGAACUUUGAGGGUUAACUUUCCAGAAGUACCAAGGGGAGGUGAGAGGGAGGUAAUGGAGCCAAGGAUACGGAGUGGCUACAAGGGCUUUAUAGACAGUGAGCACAAGAUAUAUGCAGGAAACCUUGGAUGGCGCCUCACUUCUGAAGGUCUUGGAGAUGCAUUUGCCAACCAGCCAGGCUUAUUAAGUGCCAAAGUCAUCUACGAGAGAGACACGGGGAGAUCUCGCGGUUUUGGCUUUGUGUCCUUUGACUCUGCAGAGAAUGCAGAAGCUGCUUUAGAAGCCAUGAACGGAGAGGAGGUUGAUGGGCGGCCUUUGCGAUUGAAUUUGGCUGGAGAAAGAUCCUACCCUCCUCCAGCUAAGGAAAACAACACAGAAGACAAUCUUGAGAGCAGUGAAUUGUUGUCCAGCAUUGGAGCCUGAGAGAACCAUGGUAAUUCUGCGGGUGCUUAAAUUUUCUGUUAGAUGGAGCACUCUGAGAAGAUAUAGCCAUCAACUUCCAAAUCUUUGACUAUAUGGACCUCUUUUGAUCUUGUUUUUCCUCCACAACUGUAGACAAGCCAGUUGGUACAAAAUCCGUAGAAUUUGAUUAGGGCUGCAGUCCUUUGCUGUGCAA